ACGGUUACCUUGAAUACUGCCGCAAGACACAUUCCCUUCACACAUAGGCCUCUUCCUACAGUCUCCUUGGCUCUUCCAAGGAAUCAGUCUCAGCAUAGCUUUAGAUUUUGUUCUGGUCCUGGCUUACCUGUGUGCAUGCAGAUAGCGUUUCCUUGCCCCUGUCCUAGCAUGUAGGAAGGGACAGGUGGGUCUCUCUAAAAGCACUGCAGUGCCACUCAGCCUCAUGCAGCACUCUGCACCUUGGGAUGCUGCUGCUGCACUCUGCUAGGGAGAGCCAUUCUGUUCAGGCAGUAUCUGUGAUCCCAUGGAGGUGCAUUAACUCAGGAAAGGCUCUGCAGUACCUGGGGCUAUGCCAGGAUAGGUGCUCAGACUCUAAUGCUGAUCAUUUCUGUUAGUGUUUCAGUAAAAAGCACUCCUAUUGUGUCUGUCUGUGGUUCCUGGGCUGGCAGUGUGAUUGGCAGCUUUCUGGCUCACCUCAUCAUGCCUCUGGUUAGUUAUUCCCACUGAUGUCUCUCUAAGACUGGCUUCAUUGUAAUGGAAGGUCUCCAUUUGACCACUCUUGAUAAACAACUAUAGUGCCUUUCAAAACCUAGAAUAAGUGAUGUGUGCCAACAAAAACUAGUACAUUUGUGCUUGUAAGAAAUAAUGAUAUAUCCCUUUUGCAGUGCUUAUAAGAGAUUCAGCAUCUCUAUUCAGAGUCACUGGCCUUAGUUCUCUCAUGGCCUAGGUGUGUUGUCUGAACUGAGGCUGGGAAGGAAUCAAGAGCGUUUAACCACAAGACGAACACCAGGAGUGAAACAGCCCAGAUAGCAGAAGCAGACUACAGAGCAGUUGAAGCGCAGAGCUCAAUUUUAAGCCUAAUUUGAACAUUGAAUGAGAUGCUAAUAUCUCAGCUACUGGGGAGUCUUUUCUCAGUCUGAUGUUUGUGUUCUGUGAACAAAGUAUAGUAGUAUAUAUAGAAUACACAGUGAAAAACGCUUUGCGCAACUGGUGUGAGCAGUGCAGGGUGAAGGAAAGUGUCUGGUUUUGGUGAUGAAAAUGGAAAUCUGUCUUCAUGUCUGUGCUCUGGGGAGCUGAUCAGAUAUUUUAUGGCAUGAUACCAUCAUUACAGCUUGAAGAACAAAUUUCAGAGCUGGCUUCUGUAAUUGCCUGAUAGCUUAACCUGUCUCCAUUCCCCCAUAAGAGAAGGACAUAUUGCCUUCGUUCAUGUUGCCUUGUUCAUCAGUAAAUGUAAAGCAAAAUAUAAAAUCAGACCUGCUUGAACUAACAUUUGUAGCUAUUCAUUCAUUCAUGCACAAACCAACCCCUUGAUGCUGGUCCAGCUUUUUUCUUAUACCACAGAGAAAAUAAGAACAGUGAGUCAAUUAAUAUUCUCUUUUCUUUUUGAAGUGUCGGGGAAGCAUUUGGAUACCAUGGAAAUGAGCAACAACAUGGUGACAAACUGGUUUAGAAGGUGUUUAAGAAGUUAAAUUUAGUCCUGGAAGUGGCUUUGCUGUGUUUUACCAGAGUCUUCUGCUUUUUUCCAGUAUGAUUUUUUGCUCCCAGUAUGAUGUUUAGGAUGGACUUCACCCAUUCCCAGGAAUGCAAGGAAGGCCCUGCCCUAAGUCAGUUGGGACUAAAGGUUGGCUGAGUGCUGGGCCUGAUGCAUGGUUCAGAAACUUGACCAGAAGCUGCCUGUAGCCAACGAGUACCUGCUGCUUUCAGGUGGUGUGCGGGAAGGUGUGGUGGACAUUGAUCUCGAUGAGCUGAAUGUUUAUGCACGAGGCACAGACUAUGACAUGGACUUCACCCUGCUUGUGCCCGCACUGAAGCUGCACGACCGUAACCAACCAGUCACGCUGGACAUGCGACACUCGGCUUUGUGCCACUCCUGGCUGAGCCUGCGUCUGUUUGAUGAAGGAACUAUCAGCAAAUGGAAGGACUGCUGCACAAUCGUGGACCAUAUCAAUGGAGCUACCAAUUAUUUCUUCUCUCCAACAAAAGUUGCAGACUGGUUCUAUGACUCUAUUAGCAUUGUCCUCUCUGAGAUCCAGAAAAAGCCUCAGCGAGGGAUGCCAAAGGUGGAGAAGGUAGAAAAGAAUGGGACUAUCAUAUCCAUCAUUUUGGGAGUGGGCAGCAGCCGCAUGCUGUACGACAUUGUCCCUGUGGUGUCCUUCAAGGGUUGGCCAGCUGUGGCGCAGAGCUGGCUGAUGGAGAACCACUUCUGGGAUGGGAAGAUCACAGAGGAGGAAGUCAUAAGUGGGUUUUACUUAGUGCCUGCGUGUUCCUACAAGGGGAAGAAGGACAAUGAAUGGAGGCUGUCAUUUGCCAGAAGUGAAGUGCAGCUGAAAAAGUGCAUCUCCAGCAGCCUCAUGCAAGCCUAUCAGGCCUGCAAAGCUAUCAUCAUCAAAUUGCUGUCCCGCCCCAAAGCCAUUAGUCCAUAUCACUUGCGGAGCAUGAUGCUGUGGGCUUGCGACAGGCUACCAGCCAACUACUUGGCCCAGGAGGAUUACGCAGCCCAUUUUCUCCUGGGUCUUAUUGAUGAUCUCCAGCACUGCUUGGUCAAUAAGAUGUGCCCUAACUACUUCAUCCCCCAGUGCAAUAUGCUGGAGCACCUCUCUGAAGAAACCGUCAUGCUGCAUGCGCGGAAGCUGUCCUCAGUCCGCUCAGACCCUGCCGAACACCUUCGAACUGCCAUCGAACAUGUCAAAGCAGCAAACCGACUAACACUAGAGCUCCAACGGCGGGGCAGCACCACCAGCAUCCCCUCCCCACAGUCAGACGGAGGGGACACCAACCAGCCGGAUGACCGAUUAGCCAAAAAGUUGCAACAGCUAGUGACUGAGAACCCAGGGAAGUCCAUCUCUGUCUUCAUUAACCCAGAUGAUGUCACAAGGCCCCACUUUAGAAUUGAUGAUAAAUUUUUCUGAGCUUUCGUCAAUGUUUCUUGGGAUUUUUUUUUUGUUUCAUUUUUAAAAACUCUUGCAGUGUGCAGGUUUUUUCAUUUGGUUUUCCUUGAUGACUUAGCCUCUUGUUUUUUACAUAUCCAGCGUAGAUUGGAUCUCUUGAGAACAAUCCAAAUAAAUUAUAAUUCCUGGUUCUGCAGGACAGUGCAGAUUUUGAAACAGUAUAUUACUAUUUCAUAUGCUGCUUUGAUUUUUUUCACCCACCCAGCCCCAUUGUCUGUGAGUAGUUUCUAAAGGAGAACAUGCAUCGUAAACACACAUGCCACAGUGUAAUGUAGAUUUUUUUUUCAAGCUUCCAUAAUUUAUGUACAUUGUUGGGCCUGGGGAAGGGACAGCUCACCUUCCAUUGCUUCGGAAAUUCACUUCUUUUUCCAUGAGCUUCCAUCACCCUAAAGAAAUGAGGAGAGACUCUGGGUUGGAAAGCACUACUGGUAAUUUGACGAGGCCAAAUCUACUGGGCUGAAGCCUGGUUCAUCUGUUCUUCACGCUUCUCACACUAGGGGAGAAAGUUGACUUUAAUGAUGAUGAUGCAGCUUUUGGGGGAAAGAGUUGUUUCUGUUUUGAUCUACUUUUUGAAUGUAUUUGUUCAUAAUUGGACCUUGUACAGUCCAGAGGGUUGUUUCUGCUGCUUUUCCAUGCGGAAUAAGGUUAUGGAAUGUUAGUUUUAGCGUGUGUAAUUAUUCAAAGCCUUAUUUAAAUUCUAUUAAAGAACAUACCAUUAUAAAUGUUAAUUGCACUAAUGAAAUCUCUGCCAUUACCUCAGUCCCACUGUUUGUGUUUCUUUCAUGAAUUAGCAUCUGUUAUUAGGUCUCAGUAUUGCAGAUUGCUUGAGGCCCCUUGGGUCUCAUGGUUUCAGGUGAUUUCUUGAUUGUCUUUUGUAAAAGGCUCUUCCUUGUUACCCCUGCUAUGUGUGAGAAGUCAGAUUUUUGCAUUGGCAUAUUUCUUUGGAUGCGUAUUGUGUGUUGCAGUGCAUAUUGCAUUAAUAUGUAUUGCAUGUUGUUGAAACAGGUUUACCAUUAGAUAAGGAUGUAAUGCUAAAGCAGUGGUAUGUGCAAAGUGAAUCAGCCAGACCUCAAGCAAAGGAGCUACUUUGCUUCUCUAAUGCAUGUAUUAGGCUUGAUCCUUUACAGCAGUUACCAUUCCCUUGACUCCUGUGGACUUUCUGACUUACCCUGGGACACAUGAGAUCUUACUUUGGUCUCAUGUUUGCAGAAGUUGUGUUUGUAUGUAAACUUGUGGUGCAACAGUAGCCUUGAAAAACACAUACGCUUUCCUUUUUUGCGUAGGAUAAGAUGUAUGGUGACAAGGGUUAGUCUCAGCCAAAAAUAAUUCUAAGAGUUCAAGGAUAGAGUGGCUUUUUGUGGCUGGCUGGCCAGUGACUGAUAUCUAGGCCUUAAAUCAGCAAUUUGGGCUUACUGAUUAUCCCAGAGAAGCUCUUCUGAUCCAAACUUGAUGCAUGUUUUAAAAUGUGAUUAUUAGAGCAGGUUGAAGUAUUUUUUAAAUAUUUGACAGACAAAUGAGGCGCAUAUCUAGUCAAUUCUAACAGAUAAAAAUUGUGUAUGAAAAAUGUGUCACUUUUUUAGCCCAGCCUUUGUGGUAAAGAAACCAGGCUGGUGGGGCAACACACCAGCAGCUUUGGAAACUGCUUUAUUAGAUGGCAGGGAGGUUUCAAUACCUGAUCUAGUGCCCAAGUCAUGUCUUAAAAUGAAACUUCGACUCCUCCAUCUCUUGGGCAUAUUUGAAAACUUCACCCCAUUGCUGUAGCCAAGAUGUUCACAUUUACCUGAAUUUACUGGUACACAAUUACAUGAGCCUGAAGAAGCUCUCAGAAAUUGCUGGCUAGAUGGAGUGGAUGAGGAUUUAACUUUAAAGCACAAUUGGCUAGUGAUAAUGAGCCCCGGUGCAGCUGCGGUUAUAGUCCGGGGAAGGACAUGUAUUGACUUCAGCGGAAGCAGAACUGGGUCCUACCAGUGUGGCUAUUGCCAAAGAUGAGUCUCCAUUUAAACCUGUGUCACCUGCCGGGGGAGGCAGGAGAACCGACUGGGAAUCCUCUCCACAAGUGCUUGGAAAAUGCAGAUUCAUUGAAAUGGUCUUUUCCCCAGUCUCCAGGACUUCUGUCUGUUGGAAAAAAAGUCUGGGCUCCAGGAUGAAGUUUCCCAUCGCCACGUGAGAGAGAUCUGCUCAGCACAAAGCAGCAGUAGCCUGGCAGGCAGAGUACUUUCCCAGGAGUCCCAGUGUCCGUGUCGGUGCUUCUGAGUUAUGCAGAAACACAGCCUUCCUCAUGCCAGUUCAAUGUCCCGAUGACCAGCAGUUUGGCUAGCCCAUGUCAAGCUCUGGUGUGUGCUCCUUUUUUUGGUUUUAAUUAAAAAACAUUUUGAAAAGUA